GGGCAUAUUGGCCAGGAUGUUGCCCUCACCAACUUGGCGAGGGCCCUCCAUGACAUAUUCCAGCAACAUGGGAGAGUCGAUGACGUGGACAACGCGAUCGCUUUGCUUCGUGUUACUUUGAAGCUCCGCCCCUCUGGACAUCCUGACCGGUCUUCAUUGCUCGACUUGCUUGCUGUAUGUCUUUCCGAUAGAUACGGCAGUCAGCGGGUAGUCGCGGACUUGGAAGAAGCUAUCACGCUUGGACGUGCGAUGCUAGAGCUCCGUCCACCAGGCCAUCCCGAUCGUGACAUACCUCUUUACCAUCUCGCUUGUGACCUCUGGGAGAGGUUCCAGAAACAAACUGUGAAACAUGACUUGGACGAGGCGACUGAGCUGCACCGGGCAGCAUUGGAACUCCGUCCCUCUGGACAUCCUGAUCGGUCCUCAUCACUCCACUUGCUUGCUCACUGCCUUUUGAAUAGAUACGAGAAUCAGGGGGUAAUAGCAGACUUGGAAGAAGCUAUCACGCUUGGACGUGCAGCACUAGAACUCCGACCAUCAGGACAUCCUGAUCAUGGCAUAUCUCUUUACAGUCUCGCUUGCGACCUCUGGAUAAGGUUCCAGAAACAAGCUGUGAUACACGACUUGGACGAGGCUAUUGAACUGCACCGGACAGCAUUGGAACUCCGUCCCUCUGGACAGCCUGAUCGGUCUUCAUUGCUCCACUCGCUUGCCCUUUGUCUGUCGAGUAGAUAUGACACUCAGGGUCUAGUCACGGACCUAGAAGAGGCUGUCAUGCUCGGACGUGCCGCAUUAGAGCUCCACCCACCAGGGCAUCCCCAUCGUGGCGCAUCUCUUCGCGUUCUCGCUUACCUCCUCAUGAAAAAGUUUCAGAAACAAUCUAUGAUGCCCGGGUCGGGUGCGGUAAAGCUUCUUCGCCGAGUUGCACUGGUACUCCGUCCGACAAGUUUCGCUGAUGCCGCCUCUUCAUUCCAUGCACUCUCACUUCACCUUUGGGAUAAGUUUCGACAGCAGGCUGCAAUAGCAGACUUGGAUGAAGCUAUUUGUCUUGGCACGUACGUUUUGGAGCUCCGGCCGCCGAAACACCCCAAUCUACGUGCCGUUGGCCAUUACCUCAAGGGCCGAUUUCGAAAUCGACAUGCAAUUGAGGACUUGAACCAAGCGAUCAUGUUGCACAAAUAUUUGCUGCAACUCUGCCCAACUGGGCAUGCCAGUUAUUCCUCGAACCUGCAUGACCUUGCA